AUGAUUAUGGCGCAGGCCGAACGCACGGUUGCUUACCCGGGCACCCCUGGCUCUUUGUUGCUCCUCCUUGCCGUGUGCCAUGCGGAUUCAUCGGAGAGGCGUCAGGCUUUCCUGCUCGGCGCCAUCACCCAACAACCUGCGCUGCUAAACAGUUGUUUGCUCUCGGGCACGGCUGCUAUCAAGCCACUGGCAUCAUCACCAAUAACUCAAGGGAAGGGAAGGGAAGAGAGGGGCAAGCCAAAGUCCAUGCUUGAUCGCCCUCUUGUUACAUUCACAAGCGGUGCGGCCGAGCCUCGAUUUCCGCGGACAACAGCAGCAACAACAAUAGCCAGCAUCUGA